UCGGGCGCGAUGGCUCGAGCCUGGGCGGCGGCGGCGGCAGCGGCUGGAGGCGGCGGCGCGUCCUCCUCCUCGCCCCGGCGGUGAUCGGAGCGAGCGGCCGCAGGCCCCCGAUGAGACUGCUCGCGGGCUGGCUGUGCCUGAGCCUGGCGUCCGUGUGGCUGGCGCGGAGAAUGUGGCCCCUGCGGAGCCCGCUCACCCGCUCCCUGUACGUGAACAUGACGAGCGGCCCGGGUGGGCCGGCGGCGGCCGCGGGCGGCAGGAAGGAGAACCACCAGUGGUAUGUGUGCAACAGAGAGAAAUUAUGCGAGUCACUCCAGGCUGUCUUUGUUCAGAGUUACCUUGAUCAAGGAACACAGAUCUUCUUAAACAACAGCAUUGAGAAAUCGGGCUGGCUAUUUAUCCAAUUAUAUCAUUCUUUUGUGUCAUCUGUUUUUAGCCUGUUUAUGUCUAGAACAUCUAUCAAUGGGUUGCUAGGAAGAGGCUCAAUGUUUGUGUUUUCACCAGAUCAGUUUCAGAGACUGCUUAAAAUUAAUCCAGACUGGAAAACCCAUAGACUUCUUGAUUUAGGUGCUGGAGAUGGAGAAGUCACAAAAAUCAUGAGCCCUCAUUUUGAAGAAAUUUAUGCCACUGAGCUGUCUGAAACUAUGAUAUGGCAGCUGCAGAAGAAGAAAUACAGAGUGCUUGGUAUAAAUGAAUGGCAGAAGACAGGAUUCCAGUAUGAUGUCAUCAGCUGCUUAAAUUUGCUGGACCGCUGUGAUCAGCCUCUGACUUUGUUAAAAGAUAUCAGAAGUGUCUUGGAGCCAACCAGAGGCAGGGUCAUCCUUGCUCUGGUCUUACCUUUUCAUCCCUAUGUGGAGAACGUAGGUGGCAAGUGGGAUAAACCAUCGGAAAUUUUGGAAAUCAAGGGACAGAAUUGGGAAGAACAAGUGAAUAGUCUGCCUGAAGUUUUCAGAAAAGCUGGUUUUGUUAUCGAAGCUUUCACCAGACUGCCAUACCUGUGUGAAGGCGACAUGUAUAAUGACUACUACGUUCUGGAUGAUGCUGUCUUUGUUCUCAAACCCGUAUAAACAUGUGGAUGUUGAAGUCUUCAGAGUCCACCCCAAGAAUGUACACUCCGGAAGAGGGUCUGCGAGUUCAGUUAUAUGAAGGGAGGACCUUUGGGGACUGCCAUUCUAAAUAUCAUGUAGGAAUUUUAAAAGCCAAAAUACUAAUUAUUGCUUUGUAGUGUGUAAAAGGAAUGUUUUUUAAAAAACAAAAA